AUGAGUGAUGACAAAUUGGAAACGACUGCAUCCUCUUCAGCGGACCAGGACGAUAAAUCGGUAUCUUUGUCAUUAAGUUUCGAUAUGAAUCUGACAGCGAAGUGCAAGUCAGAUCUAAUGUCACCAGUCCAACCGUCUUCCGCUCGACGAUCAUUCAAUAUCUGUGAUAUUCUUGCCAAGCCACCAUCAAUUAUAGCCAAGAAUCAACUUCAUCAUUUGAAGUUUCUCCUUCAGGAACAAUUAUCACCUUCGGAUCAUGAUUCAAUCAGCGAUUGCGACGAAUCGGGCCUUGAAGAAGUUCCUGAUGAUGAGUUCAAUCAUUCGAAGUCGUCAUCGACAGGUUCAGAUAAGCCAUCGAAAAACCGACGGCAACGGACAGCAUUUACUUACGAACAACUAGUCGCACUGGAAAACAAAUUCAAACAAACAAGAUAUUUAUCCGUUUGUGAACGAUUAAAUUUAGCUUUGUCAUUAUCACUAACUGAAACGCAAGUGAAAAUCUGGUUUCAAAAUCGACGAACAAAAUGGAAGAAACAAAAUCCUGGUCUUGAUGUCAAUUCUCCCACAAUAACUUCAUCAUCGCCGAUUAGUUUCCACUCUUCCACUGCUGCAGCUGCUUAUGUUGCUUCGUUAUACAAUUCUCAACAGCAAAUGACUAAUUCAUCAUUACUAUCACCAUUUUACGUUGCAUCGUUAUAUGCCAAUAGUCGAAAAUUUACAUAA